CGCGCAAACAAAAAAUAGUCGUUACAAAUUUGAAUUAGAAUCCAGCGAGGCAGACAAUUUCGACUAAACUAUCUCGCGCCAUUUAAACCCACACACCUUCUAUUUCCUUCUUUCACCAGCAACAAAAUUCUUUCCAUUUUCCUCUCAUUAAUUACCUUUCUCAAAUCACAAUUUCAUAUCAAACGAACAGUGCGGAAUUCAAUCGGAAUCCACCAAUGGCCGGUUCCGAUCAGUCACGCCAUUCUCUGAUCCCUGCCUUUCUAUACAAGGAACACUACUUUGAUCUUGAUGCUUCGGAGAACCCUAACCGUGGACUUUAUCAGUCACCGAUCAUUUCUAAACGAACAUCGCCGUCAAACGUUGGCCUGUCGAGCAAUAACUUUGUGAUUCCGUCACCUAGAGAGAAGAUUGAGAUGUACUCGCCGGCUUUUUAUGCUGCGUGUACGGCUGGAGGGACACUUAGCUGUGGCCUUACUCAUAUGGCUGUUACUCCGCUUGAUCUCGUCAAGUGUAAUAUGCAGAUCAACCCAGCAAAGUACAAGAGUGUUUCAUCUGGAUUCGGGGUCUUGCUCAAGGAGCAGGGAAUUAAAGGGAUUUUUAGAGGAUGGGCGCCUACUCUGCUUGGUUAUAGUGCACAGGGAGCUUGCAAAAUGGGAUUUUAUGAAUUUUUUAAGAAAUACUAUUCAGACAUUGCUGGGCCUGAAUUUGCAGCCAAGUAUAAAACAUUGAUUUAUCUUGCUGGCUCUGCUUCUGCUGAAGUUAUUGCAGAUGUUGCUCUUUGUCCUAUGGAAGCUGUCAAAGUUCGUGUGCAAACGCAGCCUGGUUUUGCUCGUGGCUUAUCCGAUGGCAUGCCCAAGUUUAUCAGAUCCGAAGGCUAUGCUGGGUUAUACAAAGGGUUAGUUCCUCUAUGGGGGCGUCAAAUUCCAUAUACAAUGAUGAAAUUUGCAUCAUUUGAGACUAUUGUGGAACUAAUAUACAAGCAUGCUAUUCCAACUCCAAAAGAACAGUGCAGUAAAAGUCUGCAGCUCGGAGUCAGCUUCGCUGGCGGAUAUGUUGCUGGUGUUUUCUGUGCUAUUGUUUCGCAUCCUGCUGAUAACUUAGUUUCUUUCCUCAACAACGCCAAGGGAGCGACUGCUGGGGAUGCAAUCAAGCAGCUAGGCUUGAAGGGGCUCUUUACGCGAGGACUUCCUCUCCGUAUUGUCAUGAUCGGAACCCUCACCGGUGCUCAAUGGGGCAUCUAUGAUGCUUUCAAAGUGUCUGUUGGGCUGCCAACUACGGGCGGUGCUCCUCCACCUACUGCUGCUAAGGCAUGAAUCUAGAGCUGAUGCGCGAAGAGAAGGGGGUAUCCAAUGAUGUGCUGAUACCCCCGGUAUAAAUAGGCACUGUAUUCUUUCGAAAUAAUUUACAGCUCAUCUGUCGUUGAUAUCUUGAAGUGGGGGUUCUGAUUUCAAUCUCCCAUUUAUCUCAAUUUAAAAAUACAUCCUGCUAGUUUGGCAUCUGAUAUUGUAUCUUAAAAAGAUUACAUGAUAAUGAAUUUUUUUUGCAAUUCUA